AUGACACAACACAACCCAACUAGCUCAUCUCCAGAAUCCUCUUGCCUACACAGCGCUGCUCUCACUGGCAAUGAAACAAGCGCCUGUUGUGUCUUACGCGCAGGCGCCAACGUCAAUGCAUGCAACUUGAAGAACCAGAAAGUGCUCAUGUGCGCUAUCGCAGGCAACAAGUGCAUGUACAGCUCCUGGCACGUUGCAAAUGCGAUUUCUGACUGGUUUUAUUGCAGCUGGCAGCAGGCCGACGCGUCAAACGCAUCUGGCUCCCACUGCGGCCGUCUAGGCAUCCUGCGGAUGUUGCUGCUCGACACCAACAUCUCACUUGUGACCUUGAACACACCACAGAGCACCUAUUGGGGUCUAACACCGCUGGGGAUGGCAGCGUGGCUGAAUCAGGCUGAUGUCAUGCGCAUCCUGCUUGAAGAGAGCUCCAAGUCUGUCGCGGUCGACGCAACGGACGCGCAUGGUGCUACGCUGCUUAUGCAAACAGUCAAAGCCCUAUUCAAAUGCUUGGAGGAUUGCAUUGGGACUGGAGAUGAGCAUGGGCACAGGUAG